AUUCGCUGACUGCCCAAGCGCGGGUGGCUGGAACACUGAAUUUGGGGAAGAACCUGCAGGGUGAUCCAGUCGCCUGCGCUUGUGGACACCGGCCAUGCCCGACACACACUGAGCGGACGUUGCCCGGGCGCAAGUCGCAUUAGCCAUGGGCAACUUCCAGCUGGAAGACUUCGCGGCGGGCUGGAUCGGAGGUGCAGCCAGUGUCAUUGUUGGCUACCCUCUGGACACAGUCAAGACUCGCCUGCAGGCUGGUGUUGGCUAUGGGAACACAUUCAACUGUAUCCGCAUGGUGUACAAGAGGGAGAGUGUGUUUGGCUUCUUCAAGGGCAUGUCCUUCCCCCUGGCCAGCGUUGCCGUCUACAACUCGGUGGUGUUCGGGGUCUUCAGUAACACGGAACGGUUCCUCAGCCGGCACCGCUGUGGGGAGCCUGAGACUGACCCUGGCCGAAGUCUGUCUGACCUCCUCCUGGCCAGCAUGGUGGCCGGUGUGAUCUCUGUUGGACUGGGCGGUCCCGUGGACCUCAUCAAGAUCCGACUGCAGAUGCAAACACAGCCGUUUCGUGAAGCCAACCAUGGGUUGAAGACCAGGGCAGUGGCUCUAGGGGAGCAGGCAGCAUACCAGGGACCAAUACACUGCAUCGCAACCAUUGUGCGGACCGAGGGCCUGGCAGGACUAUACCGGGGAGCCAGUGCCAUGCUGCUGAGGGACAUCCCAGGAUAUUGCCUCUACUUUAUUCCCUAUGUGUUCCUGAGUGAAUGGAUCACACCCGAGGCCUGCACAGGGCCCAGCCCCUAUGCUGUGUGGCUGGCAGGUGGCAUUGCAGGGGCGAUUUCCUGGGGGACAGCAACUCCGAUGGAUGUCGUGAAAAGUCGACUCCAAGCUGAUGGGGUCUAUUUAAACAGAUACAGCGGAGUCCUGGACUGCAUCUCCCAGAGUUACCGUCAAGAAGGCUUGAAGGUGUUUUUCAGGGGUCUCACUGUGAAUGCUGUGCGUGGCUUCCCCAUGAGUGCGGCCAUGUUCCUCGGGUAUGAGCUCUCCCUGAAGGCACUCCGCACCACCACACUGUGACAAGCCCAUGGUUGUAGGAAAAUAUAGAAACUACAGAAAGAACAUUGUACAACUUGCCACAGUCACCAUAGGGUCCAACCGGAGCCUCAGACCCAGAACCCACUUUGCAUGAUGUAGGUGCCUUCCUGCCUAAUGGCCCAGACCGCAUCUCACGCAGCUAAAUCUUAAAUACAAAAUGGCUUCGGUACCAAGACCUCGGGUCUGGAGUGGCUGGGCACUUGCCCUGGUUGUCAUACUGUGCCACUCUUUGCCACCCUGGGACUGGCUCUUUAAGGAGGAGGCUGGAGGAAGUUUCUAGAGAGCCAAGUCAGGACUGUCCUAGAUUUGGCAUUUGAGAACAAUAGCCGAGCCAGUUGGAAACUUUUCAUCCUGAAUGCCCUGUCUCUUGCAAAGGGCUUGGAAACCCAUCUCCUUAGAAAGAAGUCAUUAAGGGUGGCAGUGGGGAUAGGGAGUGGGAAGAGCAGGUCCCCUUAAGUGGGAAUGGGUGGUCCCAGCAGCUCUGUCUUGAACAGGCUUCGCUCGAGGUGUUUAACAUCCUGCUCUAACUAGGAGUCAUGAACACCGGGUCCUCUAGCAAGCCUGGGCUUUAACCUACAAAGGUUUGGAGCAGGCUACAAUCUAUGCAGCAGAAACGUGAACUCUUUGAAGAUAUGCACAGCAACGCCUCCCUUCUCGUUUAGACCCGAAUGGAGGAGAUGAUGUAUCUCAGAUUGCCCUAGAACACUGCAGACCCUAAGAAGUUGCGGGAUGGUGACUGUCUCCAGAGUCCUAGGCACAGGGGUCAAUGAAAAUUAUUUCCGAAUAUAUGCAUGGGAUGGAGGACACAUCUCCCCAGAGUCUCAAGGAGACAGCACCUUAAUUCUCAUCCAUCCCUUGUUCUGUUUUCUUCCAGGCUACUCAGAAUAGAGAUAUGAAACUCAGUGAGAACUGUGUGAGGUAGUUAUUUUGUCAUAGGGAUAAUUUGAGAGAAAGGGUCCUAGUCACUGGUGGGCAGUCGGUUCUUAGGUUUGUUCACGAGUCCUACUGUGUCAUCCUUCCCUGCCUUUCCAGAGUCCUGGUUCCAGAACCCUCCUAGAAUAGUGCCGUUCUAUGUUCUGCCCUGGCAUGCAUGCUCCAGACCCAGGAAGCCUACUUUCCAUUUGCAGGGAACUUCAUACCCAAAGAAAGGAGAUGCAUUCUUUCCAUGCUGCCUGGUUUGAACAUUCACAAAUUAUCUCAGACAGCUGUCCUGACUGGCCGCAGUGUGUUGGUGAUUACUACACCGUCUCUGUGGAACCCAAACCGUCUCCAUGUGGGUUGUCUGAGCCUGAAUCCUGCAGGCCACAACUCAAAAGAGAAUUCUUCACACCCCUUCUCUCUUCCCAGGGCAGACCAGGCCUCAUCCCAUGGCGGGCUGGUGCUGACCAUGCCUGUAGAACCAGCACCAGUGAGUUACUGGAAAGAAAAAAGACCCGGC